GUGUGUGCGUCUGCUCGAGGGACGUGCCGCAAAUAGUCUGGGUCUGGCUUUUGUCGAGGUCCGUUUCCUUUGCAGCGGCUCCGUGACAGCAAGCGGCUUUGGCUGCCUCCCUGGACGACAGCAGCACCCAUCGCCACCGCUCUCACCCACACCAUGACCCAGAGCACGGGGCUCAGGGUAGUAGUGACCCUCACGUGUUUCUCGUGCCUCCUGACGGCUCUGCUGCACACAGGUGUCGUCUGCGCGGCCAACGCCACCACCACGACCACGACCGGGCGAACCCCAGGUGCCGAAAACUCCACGGCGGGCGGAGAAAAAUCCACGGCGGGCGGAGCAGACGAGACGGUGGCAGCGGUGGCAACGGCAGGGCCGCAGAGUCCGAGCGACGGGGCGAAGCCAAGCGGCGGUGGCGGCAGCGGCUCCAGCGAUAGCGCGACGCCGGAGAGCGCGUCUACUCCGCCAGCGCCGCCCGCCGCGGAGAAGCGGAGCAGAGUGGCCGUCUCUCUCUCCUUCGUCAUCGAGAACCGCAACUUCACGGCAGAGCUCGACAACCCGAUGUCCGAUGCCUUUCGGUCGCUGGAGAGAAUCGUGACGUUCCAGCUGGACCAAGUUUUCAAAAAUUCGACGUUGAAAGAUUCGUACAUCACCAGCGUGGUGCGCCGGUUCUGGCGCGGCUCCGUGGGGGUGACGUCCGACCUGCUGUUCGACACUCUGCUCGGGGCCCCCCACCCGGACUCCGUGUCGGCCGUGUUCCUGCGCGGCACCCACGGGGGCACGCGGCUCGGCGAGCUCAGAGUGAGCGGCCCCAUCGUGCCCGGAGUCACGAACGAGUUCCCCUCCUGGUCCAUCGCCCUCCUGGCCCUAACCAGCACCAUCCUCCUGCUCAACGUCAUCAUCCUGCUGGCGUGUGCGGUGUGGUGCUGCCGUAGAGGCUGUGCGGCCCCGUACGGCGACGGCGGCACGGAGCUGUACUACACCGGCGAGACGGCGUCCUCCUACCCGCUGUACGACACGCACGGCACGCUCAACCAGUCCAAGGCCGUGCUCAGCCCCUACGUCGAGAAUUCGGGAAUGACAUUCACCAACAAAGGAAUGGAAUCGCCGAUGUGAUUCUGGAUCCGGGAUGCCUGCUGAUUCCGCUGGUAAAUUCGGGCGUUCGGCUCCCGUUCCCUUCGUCACAGCUCCCGCCAGCAGGAGGCUCACAAGCCUCACCACAUGCGUCGCAGAAAUCCUCAACGCCGCAGCCAUCUCCGUUAACAUGAAGCACAAAUUAAAGCCCGGUUACCAAGCGAAUGUGACCAGCAGCGCUGCGAGGCAAAACAUAAAAAAAUCGACAUAGGCAACGCUUAGGGCCCCGGAUUCAUAAAUUUUUUGAUAUGGGUGCUUGAAAUAUAUCGGCUCAAAUUCAAACCUUAACAUAACACGCCAAUUUCUAUAAAGUCAAUUAAGAUCUCAUCUUUAAACUUGCCUGUAUCUAUGGUCUUUCAUCUCGACAUUUUUUCAUGUCUACAUCUCUUCCAUCAUCUCGCUAGAAGUUUUAAAAUGGAAAGGCGAGGGGGCUUUUAAUUUUUUUUUACUUUUGCUUAAGAGUUCCCCCAAUGAACAGCCCCACCAAUGAAUGAUGUAACAGAUGCAUUUACACCACAUUCUUCCAACGUUGUCUAUUCUGCUGAAGCAAUAACAGCAAGGCAUCCCUCGUAUAACGUGCGAAUCUGCAGUUUUGCGGUUAAUCUUUUAGGGGCACAUAUACUGGAGAGAAGAGAAAAAAAACCCAAAAUUGUAAAACUACGGUUUUCUAAUUAAUUUUUUUUUUUCAAUUAUAACAAAAAUAAAUCCCGAUGGCAUCACGGCGCCCACCACAGAUGGAGCUGAGUAGAAGCAGCCGCCCACUCAAGCGUUCAAGAAGCCCUGAAAAGACUCCUUAUUAACUAAUCAUUGCAAGUAGUAAUCUUUUUCAUCUCAUCAUUUGUUAUUAAACUCCUUUUUAAAGUAUUUUUUGUAACGGUGAUAUAAUUUAGCAUUACAUUUAUACGUAUUUUGUAAAUCCAGGGCAAGAAUAAUUAAAUAAAAUACUUAAAUUUUCUUUGGUAACGCCCCCCCCCCCCCCCAUCAGUCUAUGGGAAACAAACUUCAAAACAGCAUGAUUCGACUUGCACGCUGUUGAUCAGGAACACAUGCCACGCGUUAUGUAACAAUACGCCUUUAAUAUUAAACAUACUAUGCCCGUAUUGUUUUGCUCUCUUAAAAUGCAGCAGUAUGAAUAUAGUGGUAUACCAAAUUUUUAUAUGGUGUCUGUGUAGAGUCAUUGGUGACCAGGCUGAGUGUAUCAGCUUGUAUCAUCGCACUUACGAGCCUGGUUUACAUCACGAAAGACCAAAAAAUAACCCAGACCUGAACCCAGCAUCUCAGCAGUGCUGGCUGAGUGCUGGCCGACACGGUCAUUACGAACACCACGAACCAGCCAGCCACCAUGAGAAAUGUUAAUCUUGAAAACUAAACACGUACCGCGCUCUCGGGGAGGGGGCGGUGAUGGCAACUAAGCUGCAGCUCGUUUUCCGCUCGUUGCAAAGGUUUGCAGUUGAAGACCAGCGGGCCUCCCUGAUUAAUUGCUGCAAGUGGGCGGUGUACAAACAAUAGACGCACGGCCUCGCGGUGGACGUUCAUAAUGUCGUGACGCUAUUGGGCAAAAGAGCAGGCCACGUGGUGCUGUCGUCGCGGUCCAAAUUACAUUUCGAACCUCAUCACAAAUUUCUUAAUUGCAUAAGUAAUGUCACCUCCCCCGCCCACCCCCCCCCCUAUUGUGAAACUACUACAGACUGUCAUCAUUUGUGAAGAGCCAUGGCGUCUUUGUGAUAGCCGUGGCGUCAUAAGAAUGGCACGAAUACCAAAUCAUUUGAUUUUAUUUGACGUUAAAUUAAACAAUUUUUUUUUCCAUUAACGCGAAAUAAAUAGAACUUCACCAGCGUCGAGUUCAAAACGGAGGUGCCACUUCGUCGCGCGUGUCCACUCUUCCGAGCGCCCCUCUUCUCCGUGACGUUGGAGCGCCCGCCCGGUAGCUCGCACGCCUCGAGGAGUUGCCAACGGCGUGGCUGAACAUCGUCUUCAACCUGAGCGAGGUCGAGCGGCUGGGUCGUGGUGUGUGACGGGGUAGAGCGGUGGGGGUUACUCUGUGGCCAACCUCCCAAGGUUCUCCCCACCAUCAUGGCAAAGAUUUCUAGAGGGGGUCUCUCUUGAGGGGGCCCUUCUGCCGGUAGUGGGGUGAGCAAAGCAAUUGCAGGGGGCUGCGCUUUUCGCAAUUUUCUUCGAAAGGCCUUUUGGAUUAACACAAUGCACGCGUUGCUUUUUGGGGGGCUAGGACAUUUUUUUUCCAACAUAAUAAAAAAACACCACAUUUAUAAUUGUAUACAUAUUAAAAAAACUAAUAACCAGAUAACAAUUUAAAAAAAUAUCUAGUAUCUGUGAUAUUACAAUGGAUGAGAUAUAGUUAACGUUUUAAUAUGCAGUUUACAUUAUAAAAUAUUUUUUAAAGAGACUUCUGUUUUUUGCAUUUUAACCGCUGGAAUUGAAUGAAAACGUAGCAGUUCGUUGCUUUUGCAGGUUCACACGCGAACCUGAACAUAAUGAACUUGUACUUUCCGUUUCGAUUUUCAACUUGGCCAUUGUAGAGCAGCUGAAAUGCUACAACCUUUCGCCCCCCCCCCCCCCCCCCCCCCACAAUUUGCAAUAAAAUGUAGUCGUCGUAGUAAAUUAGUUUGGCUUGCAAAG